AUGGAGAAGUGGAAAAUUCUAAAAAAACGUCGCUCCAGUCUUUUUGCAACCAUAAAACGCGACUUUAGUUUCACGCAAAGCAUCGAAGAAGAGGAGAGUGAAUUCCCCUUUUCACAGGACAGCUCAGUAAAACCGUGGACAUCUAUGGACAACCUUGACGCUCCUGGUGCCAGAAAAGAGGUGAAAAAAGAUGAGAAGAAGGAUGCACCAAACCCCUGGCAAUCAAACAUUGUCAACCUAAAUGUGGGCGGAAAGGUGUUUCACAUCCCUAAACACUUGGUCCUCCGAUACCCAAAGACCAGGAUCGGAGUCCUUGCUCUGUGCAAUGAUCCAGUUAAGCGUCUGACGCUCUGUGACGAUUAUAAUGUUCGGAACAACGAGUUCUUCUUUGACAGGGACCCCAUGUUUUUCCAUUACAUAUUUCACUUUUACUGCAGUAAUGUUCUGUGGGUGAUGGAUGGCCUGUGUCCUGUCAACUUUGAGGAAGAGAUCUCAUUCUGGGGGCUCAAACUGAAGGAUACUCCAAGGUGCUGCCGCAUUCUGUUUGAGGAGAAAUUGGACGACAUCAGAGAACACCUGAAGGUUAACCAGGAGCUCAUCGAUGAGAUUAAACCUCACCAUGAUGACGAGGGCUACAAGACCAUGUUUCUUGGAAACUUUCGUAAAGCACUUUGGGACUUGAUGGAGAAUCCUUACUCCUCACUGUCAGCCAAAGCCUUUGCAGUGUUUUCCAGUCUCUUUGUGCUUAUCUCUAUCGUUGCCAUGACUCUGAAUACAGUCAAAGAACUUAGGCAGUACAAACUUGCAGGCAAAACCUACAUGGAGUGGGUGGAGGUUAGUUCUAUCCUUUUCUUCACGUUGGAGUACUUUCUGCGACUACUCACCACAUCAAACAUCAAGCAUUUUGUAAAGAGCGCCCUCAACUUUGUCGAUUUGGUAGCCGUCAUGCCCUACUUCCUCCAGAUCAUGUUUGAGACUUUUGUAAUAGACGCUGAAGACAUCAGUGCUCAGGAGGAUUUGAAGACCAUGUCAAGAGUCAGCAAAGUCAGCAAGGUGCUCAAAGUGGUCAAGCUCAUGCGCAUCUUUCGUAUCUUGAAGCUUGCCCGUCACUCCACCGGCAUGAGGGCUUUCGGCUUCACCAUCCGCCAGUGCUCUGAGCAGGUGUGCUGUCUGUUUCUGUUCAUCGCCAUGGGCAUCUUCACCUUCUCUGCUCUGAUGCAUUCUGUGGAGGUGGAUCAGCCCGGGACACCGUUCAGCAGCAUACCAGAUGCCUGGUGGUGGGCUGCGGUCAGCAUCUCUACUGUGGGCUAUGGAGAUGUUGUCCCCAUCUCCUACCUCGGCCGCUGUGUGGCAUUCGGCUGCAUCUCCUUCGGCAUCAUCCUUAACGGCAUGCCCAUCUCCAUUCUGUUCAACAAGUUCUCCGACUACUAUGCCAAACUGAAAGAGCAGGAAUACAACUUUUCCAACACGGUGCGCACCUUCCAGCUCAAGAAACGUCUCAGGCGUAAGUUUGACAGCUGCUUCGAACCCCGGCCCGAGGACUCGGAUGAUGAGAUACACUAUCGGCCCAGCGACAGGCGAUUUUCCCACGAGAGUGAGGAAUAAGAAAAGUUGCCUAGUUGUGACCUCAGUAACCCUAAAUGGCCUUAUCACCCUUGGGUAUACAAAAGUAAAAGACUCCAUCUGCCUCUAAGUCUCAGCCUAUGUGAUUGAAUAAAAACAAUCUGAUGGGGGAAAGCAGAAAGCUGAGACAAGCAUUAAGCCUCAGCUUUGCAGUACGUACUGUUUUCACACUAUAGCGACAAUUCCUCUGUCAAGUGGACAAGAUGUUCA